GCUCUUUGAUGAGGAGGAGCCGUCACCUGGCAUGUUUUUGUUUUUUUUAAAACUGCGUCAUCUGCAGCCUCUCCCCAGCGCUGGAAGUUUCUCGCUCUUUCACUUACCAAAAUAUACGAGUAGGAGUAACACCACCAUAGCGCGUUUAAGCCCUGGUUGUGUGGGACAAAUCAGAUUAUCGGAAAGACAAACUGGAUUCUGACGUAAAGGGCUUAAAACCCGGCGGAGGAGCGUCGCGUGUGCCGCUCCAGCUCACAAGCAGUCCGUAAAAAAGGAAAAGAGGAGAGCCGCUCGUGCAGCCUCCUGUCAUCAAACCUCCACACACCCCUCCUCUUCCCCGUCUCUCAGGACCUGAGCAUGACUGUUCAGAUUUUUCGCUGCGACUGAACGGAUCGGACGGCCGCCGGGGGUGUCAUGGCUUCCUAUCUGCAGAUAGCUGAUGAUGAGAAAGGCCACGACCUGGACCUUUUCUGUGUUCCCAGACAUUAUGAGAACGAUUUGGACAAGGUGAUUAUCCCACAUGGACUCAUCAUGGACAGGACAGAGCGCCUGGCCCGCGACAUCAUUCGAGACAUGGGGGGACACCACAUUGUAGCUCUGUGUGUGCUGAAAGGCGGCUACAAGUUUUUUGCAGACCUCCUCGACUACAUUAAAUCACUGAACCAGAACAGUGAUAAAUCAGUCCCGCUGACAGUGGAUUUCAUUAGGGUGAAGAGCUACUGCAAUGAUAAGUCAACUAACAAUGUUAAAGUCAUUGGAGGGGAUGAGCUGUCCAAUCUCGCAGGCAAGAAUGUUUUGAUUGUUGAGGAUAUUGUGGAGACAGGAAGGACGAUGGAAACACUACUUUCUCUACUGAGUGAAUGUAAUCCCAAGAUGGUUAAAGUUGUAAGUCUCCUGGUGAAGAGGACCCCAAGAAGUUCAGGAUAUAGACCAGACUACAUCGGUUUUGAGGUACCGGAUGCCUUUCUGGUUGGCUAUGCUUUGGAUUACAACGAGUACUUCAGAGAUCUCAGUCACAUCUGUAUACUGAAUGACCAAGCAAAGGAGAAGUACAAAGUGUGAGCAGAUGAAGUGCUGCAGAGGCCGACGUCUGAAUCGCUGAAGACUUGGACCACUGUGACGAGCCUCGUUAGCUUUGCUGUGUUUUGAAAUGUAUUUAUUUUUCUAUAUGCGAAUCCACAAAAAGUGACUUGUGGGUUGUAACUAACUUUAAGAACAUUUCUUUCCCCCCUUAUAAGUGGGAUUAAUUCUGUAUAUUAUCAAUAUUUUGGUUGUCAAUUUAUUGAAUUUAUGUUAAGACUGAAGGUGUAAAUAACAGUUUUGAAUAGAAGUGGAGAUAAAAAAAAAAUGUAAUUAAUUUGCUCUUAUGGAAGUACACACAUCUCAGGCUACUGCUUUAUUUUCAGUGAGCUGUCAGAUUAUUUGUAGCCUUCGAAUGUUUGAAUGUUUCAGUUUGGAUUUAUACUGAAGACAUAUCCUCUCAUUAUGCCAUAAAAUGACUUGUCAUGUACUGUAUGUUUUGAUUCAUGUCCAAUGUUUUCACCAAGGAUCUCUUUACAGCAAUAUAAAUCCCAGUGAAACCUCGAGUCUGUUUUCAAUUUUCCCAGAAGAGGGAGUAACACUGCAUUUAUGCAUGUUUUUACAAAAGUAAUAGGCCUACUUUAAACUAA